AUGCGACCGAGACCAGGUUUUUUUGAAAAUGCUCUGAUAUUUCUCGUUGUAUUUUUACUAUUAUACAGUUUUGUAUUAUUAGUUGAUUAUUUUCCAUUGAAUAUUUAUAAUGAAAAACGUUCGGGAAUACAAAAUUUACGAAUACCAAUAACAGAAAUAUUAUUACACAUUUGUAUUUGGAGUUUAAUUGUAGAUAAAAUACAACAAUUUAUACUUAUGGAUAAUAAAGCAGAUUAUUUUGAAGAAAUAUGGAAUAUAAUGGAUUUAGCUGCAUUUAUAUUCUAUCUCGUCGGUUUUAUUACACGUUUUAUUGUCACCGAAGCUCUAUUUCAAACUUCAAAAAUAUUUUUAUGUUUGGAUUUAAUCAUAUGGUUUAUUCGUACAUUGCAUUUGUUUGCUGCUUAUGAACAAUUAGGUCCAAAGUUGGCGCUGAUAAUUAAUACGAUGAAAGAUAUGGUGUUUUUUGUUUGUUUUAUUCUCAUAUUUCUAUUUGGAUUUUCUAUUACGUCAUGGUCACUCAUUACAACAACAGCUCAAGUUAAUUGGACCUAUACGGACGAUGGAAAAUUAUACAAUACUACGGUUGUUAAUGGCGGAAGUGGAUUAUGGACAUGGCGAUAUUUACGUAAUGUAAUAAAUUAUGGAAUAUGGAAAGUAUUUGGUCAAGUUGAUCCCAUUGCUGGCAAUGAUGCUUAUAGUGAUGUUGCAUGGGUAUUGGCACUUAUUUUUGUUACUUUAUCAAAUGCUCUCUUGUUAAAUGUUUUAAUUGCAUUAUUCAAGUAAGACAGCGUUCUACUUUAUCACUAUUAAACUUAUCAGUGGUGUAGCUAAGGGAGGGGCCUAAGGGACAUAGCCCCCCCUCUUAGAAAGUUAACUUGCACUGGAGAAUAGAAUAAAACAUCAGCUAUGAGCGACAUGUGUUUUACUCUAAUCCUUACUAAAAAAAUGUUAGGCAUCCCCUUAAAAAAAUCCUGCCUACGCCACAGAAACUUAUUCUCUUCGUUUCGUUUUUAUAUACAUAUAUAUAGUGUGACUCUUCAACAAGUAGAGGCAGAAUCACAUAAUCUUUGGCGAUACCAACGAUUUUUACUUGUUAACGAGUACUCGAUUAAAACGCCAUUACCACCGCCAUUCAAUGGCUUUUAUUACCUUUUUGCAAUCAUACGAUAUGUGUACAGGCGAAUUAUUUUGUAUCGAAAUCAACAACGAAAUGGUGAAUUUAUUUGAUAUUGUUUUUAGAAGAUGAUAACAAUGAUAUUUUCUUUUACAUUUAGCUACGACAGCUAAUAAUAAAACACUGUUAGAAGGUGUCAAAAGUCAGACAAUAGACAAUGAGCCAAAAAGUGAGAAAUAAAGUACAAUUCUGAAAAACAUUACGGGGACGAUGUAUUUUUGAUUGUUCUGGUCACCUGUGCUGGGCAGAAGAGGUUUGGAAAAACUCAAUCAAAGUUAGGAUUCUAGAAAAAACACCUAGAAAACUGAGUCCAAACGAACAAAAUUCUCAGAAAGUCACCAAAAGAGGCAAUGAGAACCUGUCGUAAACUAAAUGGUGUUUGGGUGAAAAAAUGUCGUGGAGGUUAGUCUUACGAGGGAACCUCUCGAGGUGAUUAAAAGCUUUUCGACUCAGACUAUUUUCAUCAUGUAGGGAAUAGUCAGCAGUGAAAAACCCCAAGUUGGUUUGGGCCCAUGUGCCUUUUUGACGGAGAUAUGAGUUAAUUAAUGAAAAUGCCAUUAAUAAUAAUUAAUUAAUAGCUCACGACCAUGAUCAUCUAGGAGUCGGAAAUUUACACCACAGUUGAAGAU